UCAGUACUUGCAAAUGUUUCAGGAAAAACAUGGUUCAAGCUGAUAAACUUGAGGCGGAUGUAGAGCUCAAUGCCCCUGCUGAUAAUUUCUACAAAAUCUUCUACAGCCAAGCACACCAUGUUCCCAAUGCCUCUGAUAGUAUUCACGCAGUUGAGGUUCAUGAAGGUGAUUGGGAGACUCCGGGCUCUGCCAAGCUUUGGAAAUAUACCCUAGAAGGGAAUCCUGAAUAUUUCAAGGAGAAGGCGGAUGUAGAUGAGGCGAAUAAGACGAUAACUUUUACAGCAGUUGAAGGACAUGUUCUGGAACAAUACAAGAGCUACAAGGCUAUUCUCCGGGUUAUUCCAACUGGUGAUGGAGGGUUGGUGAAAAUAUGUGUUGAAUAUGAGAAAUUAAAGGCUGAUGAUCCACCUCCAAGUAAGUACCUGGACAUUUUGGUUAGCGUUGUCAAGGAUGUUGAUGCUCACCUUGUCAAGGCCUGAUGUCCUAUUGCUUAUUAUUAAAUAGUACUGCCUGUCAAAUAAUAAACCUUGUGGCUUGUUAGUUUAUAGUGAUGCUUCUGCUGCAGCUGGUUGUAUCCUAUGCUUGGUUGGAUAUUGUUUGUACGGUUUAAUAAAAUUUGUUACUAUAUAUUUAUUUGA